GCCGCUGACGAGCGGGUGGCCGAGACCCUCGGCGGGCGCAGCGAAGCCAAGGUCCUGGGUUGCAACGGUAACGUCUGGAACAGGAGCGUCGAGGUCCUCGAGGCCUUCUUCCACGCCCACCAGUACUGGCCGCAGCUGGUCCUCCUUCAGGAGACGAGGCUAACCCAGGAGCGCCUUCCUGGGGCCAGGGCGCUGGCACGCCGCCUCGGCUACACCGCCUUCUUCCACGAGGCGGUGGCCGCGGACCAGCCUGGCCCGAACGCCACGUCGGGCGGCGUCGCGAUCCUGGUGAGGGCUGGACUCCAGGCCGAGGAGUCCGCCUGCCAGCUCCCUGCGGCCCUUCGCCACCGCCUCAUCGGCGUAGAGGUGGCGGCGCCGUCGGGCCUCCGCCUCCUGGCCUUGGCUGGGUACUUCCAGCACUCCGUAGGCCCGCGGGGGAUCAACCUCGACUUGUUCUCCUCGGUCUCGGACCUAGUGGCAUUCUCGCUCGACUUGCCCUGGGUCCUUCAGGCUGAUUUCAACAUGGAGCCCGAGCCCCUGCAGGAGUUGGGCUGGCCUGCAGCGGUUCGCGGGCAGGUGCUCGGACCCUCAGAGGCGACCUGCUGCGCCCAGGGCUUGGAGCACGUCUACGACUGGUUCGUCGCGUCGUCCGACCUGGCCACGUGCGCGGCGUCCUGCUCGACCACGCUCAACGACUUCGGGCUGCGCCCGCACUCUCCUGUGAUGCUGCGCCUCCAGGACGUCAGGUGCGAUGCCCUGGUCGAGGUGCCCUCCCGUCCUGCUCGGUUUCCAGAUGUGGAGGUCAAAGGCCUGCGCUCCCGCGAGGACGCCCUGGUACAGGCCUUCACUGUCGGCAAGCGCGGGAAGGUGUCGCAGAAGGCGGUAGCUUGGUCAUGGGCUCAGGGUUCGCGCCCGACCUGUCUCUCCGCUGCCUUCGGCGAGUGGAUCGAGGCGGCGGAGGGCGCUCUCACGGGCAUCCACGGGAUUGCGCCAGGCGACCUGCCGCGCUACCUUGGGCGAGGUGCACGGCCCAGGACCAGGCGCGUGCCCUUCAGCGCGCUGGUGCAGCGCGAGGCCAGGUUGAAGUGCAGCGUGCUGACCCACCGCCUGAGGAGCUGCCUAGCGGUCGCCCUCCAGAGGCUUCGCGCCGAGCAGGCCAGCAGGUGGUACCCGAUCCACUCUUGGUGGUAUGAGCAGGAGGCUGCGGCGAGGGCGAAGCUCCUGGACGAGGCGACCCAGGAGGAGACUGGUCUUCGGAGCGUGCCCCUCCCUGGGGCCUCCGACGAGAAGUGGGGUGACCUCGCCUACCACGCGGGGGUGAAGGGCUGCCCCACGGCGAUCGCCAAGCUGCAGUCGUGGCUCCUGGCGUCCCAGAGGCGCGAUGCCGCUGAAGGCGCGGCCGCUUGGCGCAGCUGGGCCCAGGCGGCGGUGGAGAAAGGGGGCCGCCUGGCCCACCGCUUCUCCAAGGCGGCUCCCACGCCUGUUGUCAGAGACGCCGACGCUGGGAAGCCGCUCGUCGGCGUGGACGCCGUGGACCAGCUCGCGCGCACGUGGCAGCGGCUCUGGCUCCAG